AGGAAAAAGAAAAAUAAAAAGAGAAAAAGAAACCCGCGCAUUAAGUGAUAAUAAAGUAGCGGCAAUCAGUUUUAAAAUUGUGUGCCAGCUUAUGCAAAUGUAAAAGUCGCUUAAGAGCCAAUUCCCCAAAAUAUUUCUCAAGGCAAAAAGAAAAGUUAAGCAAGAAAAAGCCGCCAUUUAAGUGUGCUGUGUGUGACCAACAAAAGCAACAACCGCCUACUCUUACAAGCCGCAAAAAAAAAGAAAAAGGAAAAUAUAUGUAAGGAAAAUCUCGAGGAGUGCCAGCAACUGUAAGCCACAAAUGAACAGCGACAAAUGCUUGGCCCGUUUUUUUGCAGGACAAAUUAUGCAAAUGCUGCGCUAAGUGCAGCGAAAUGCUCGCAAUGCCAGCGACGACAAGCAAGGACUACAGACAGUGCACGAAAUAAGCGGAAUUGCGGAAUUAGUAGCGGCAGCAAGGGGAGUCCUGUUCCGCAGGAAUAGCAAGGAUAUAACAAUAACAACAAGGCAGCGGCAGCUACAGCGGCAGCAGCAGCAGCAGCAAUAUCAACGGGCUGCAAAAUGCGCUAUGGCUUAAAGUUGAGCUGCCUUUGGCCAAGCUUUUUAUUAUGGCUAACAUGGAGCAGCGAUGGCGGCGGGGGAGCAGCAGGAGGAGGACGAGGAGUCAGCGCGCAGCCAUCAUUAACCGAGAAAAUCCCAUUAGGUGCCAUCUUCGAGCAAGGAACCGACGAGGUGCAGUCGGCCUUUAAGUAUGCGAUGCUCAACCACAACCUGAACGUCUCCUCCCGGCGGUUCGAACUGCAGGCCUAUGUGGAUGUGAUCAAUACGGCGGAUGCCUUCAAGCUCUCCCGAUUGAUUUGCAAUCAAUUCUCACGUGGCGUAUACUCGAUGCUGGGUGCCGUUUCGCCCGACUCCUUUGAUACCCUGCACUCGUAUUCGAACACCUUCCAGAUGCCCUUCGUGACACCCUGGUUUCCCGAAAAGGUGCUUACGCCAUCGUCGGGCUUCCUCGACUUUGCCCUCAGCAUGCGCCCGGAUUAUCAUCAGGCCAUCAUUGAUACAAUACAAUUUUAUGGCUGGCGCAAAAUAAUUUAUCUCUACGAUUCCCACGAUGGUCUGCUGCGCCUACAGCAAAUAUACCAGGGCCUGAAGCCCGGCAACGAGUCCUUCCAAGUGGAGCUGGUCAAGCGCAUCUCGAACGUGAGCAUGGCCAUCGAGUUCCUGCACACUUUGGAGCAGAUCGGCCGCUUCGAGAACAAGCACAUCGUCCUGGACUGCCCCACGGAGAUGGCCAAGCAAAUACUCAUCCAGCAUGUGCGCGACCUGCGCCUGGGCCGCCGCACCUAUCACUAUUUGCUGAGUGGUCUGGUCAUGGACGAUCGCUGGGAGAGCGAGAUAAUCGAAUUUGGUGCCAUUAACAUCACAGGAUUUCGCAUCGUGGACACGAACCGGCGGCUGGUGCGCGAAUUCUACGACAGCUGGAAGCGACUGGACCCCCAGAUGAGUGUGGGCGCUGGCCGUGAAUCGAUUUCGGCCCAAGCGGCGCUCAUGUACGACGCGGUCUUCGUCCUGGUUGAGGCUUUCAAUAAAAUCCUGCGCAAGAAGCCCGACCAGUUCCGGAACAAUGUCCAGCGUCGCAGCCAGACGCUGAUGGUGGCCCAGGCGGCUGCCUCGACCUCCAUGGAUGGUUAUAACUACACCGGUGGCGGGUCAAAUGGACCAGGUGGCAGUGGUGGUGGCGGCGGUGGCUAUGCCGGCAACGAUUCCGGCGGUUCAUCGCGAGCACUGGACUGUAACACGGCCAAGGGUUGGGUGAAUGCCUGGGAGCAUGGCGAUAAAAUAUCGCGUUAUUUGAGAAAGGUGGAAAUCGAGGGCCUAACCGGGGACAUCAAAUUCAACGAUGACGGCAGACGCGUCAAUUACACGCUGCACGUCGUCGAGAUGACAGUAAACAGCGCCAUGGUCAAGGUGGCCGAGUGGAAUGACGACGCUGGACUGCAGCCCCUAAAUGCCAAAUAUGUCCGUCUGCGUCCUCAUGUGGAGUUUGAAAAAAAUCGUACAUAUGUAGUGACCACUGUGCUGGAGGAACCCUACAUAAUGCUCAAGAAGGCCACGCAUGGAGAGAAACUGCUGGGAAAUGAACGCUUCGAGGGAUACUGCAAGGACCUCGCCGACCUGGUGGCCAAGGAGCUGGGCAUUAACUAUGAACUGCGAUUGGUCAAGGAUGGCAAUUACGGGUCCGAGAAGUCAACAGCCCACGGCGGCUGGGAUGGCAUGGUGGGGGAGCUGGUGCGCAAGGAAGCGGAUAUUGCGAUUGCCGCCAUGACGAUUACCGCUGAACGCGAACGUGUCAUCGACUUCAGCAAGCCGUUCAUGUCGCUGGGCAUCUCCAUCAUGAUUAAGAAGCCAGUGAAGCAGACGCCCGGCGUGUUCAGCUUCAUGAAUCCUUUAUCACAGGAAAUUUGGGUGAGCGUCAUCUUCAGCUACAUCGGUGUGAGCAUUGUGCUGUUCUUUGUGUCGCGCUUCUCACCACAUGAAUGGCGGCUCGUGCAACAGUCGCCGCAGCAAUCACAAUCGCCAGAUCCGCAUGCACAUCACGAACAGCUUGCCAAUCAGCAGCCGCCUGGCAUCAUCGGAGGUGCUCCUAUGGCCGUGCCCGCUCCACCCGGACCACCCACUCCGGGUGCCCAAUCUGCAGCCGGAGCUGCCGCACUGCAGGCCGCUCUAUCGGCUGCCGGUAAUCCGGGAUCCGGAGGCUCCUCAUCGUCGGCGGUGAACGAGUUUAGUGUGUGGAAUUCGUUCUGGUUUUCGCUGGCAGCCUUUAUGCAGCAAGGAUGCGACAUCUCACCGCGUUCAGUGUCUGGACGAAUUGCAGCCGCCUCGUGGUUCUUCUUCACAUUGAUACUGAUCUCCUCGUACACGGCCAACCUGGCCGCUUUUCUCACAGUGGAGCGAAUGGUGACACCGAUCAACUCGCCGGAGGAUUUGGCCAUGCAAACGGAGGUGCAGUAUGGAACACUACUGCACGGCUCCACCUGGGACUUCUUUCGACGCUCCCAAAUCGGACUCCACAACAAGAUGUGGGAGUAUAUGAACGCCAGGAAGAGCGUCUUCGUGAAUACCUACGACGAGGGUAUCAAACGCGUGCGCACCUCCAAGGGCAAGUACGCCCUACUGGUGGAGUCCCCCAAGAAUGAGUAUGUGAACGCCCGCGAGCCCUGCGACACAAUGAAAGUGGGCCGCAAUCUGGAUACAAAAGGAUUUGGCAUCGCCACGCCACUCGGUUCGGCGCUCAAGGACCCCAUCAAUCUGGCCGUGCUGAAGCUGACGGAGAACGCCGAACUGAUCAAGUUGCACCAGAAAUGGUGGUACGACAAAACGGAGUGCAGCAUCCACAAGGAGGCCUCCGCGCACAACGAGCUCUCGCUGAGCAAUGUGGCCGGCAUAUUCUACAUCCUGAUUGGCGGCCUCCUCGUCAGCGUGUUCGUGGCCAUCCUGGAGUUCUGCUUCCGCAGCAAGGACUCACGUUCCGCUUCCAGCGCUUCCGGCAUGUCCAUGUCGAUGGGCAUGGGCCGUGGCAUGGGCAUGGGCAUGGGGCUGGGCCAUGGCGCGGGCAGCGGUAGCCUGGGCAAAGCCAAUGGCUCCAUGAUGCUGGGACCCUCCAGCGCUGUUCCCUCGACGCACACACAUCAAAGGAGCGGUCUGACGGACACCAUGCACGCCAAGGCGAAAUUGACCAUUCAAGCGAGUCGCGACUACGACAAUGGACGCGUCGGGUACCUCAAUUGUGCCUCGUUGCAGUACUAUCCGCCCGCCCAGCUCUCGGCCACGCCCCCCGACGCCGGGGACGCGCUGCACAUGAAUGCCCACGGGCAGGUCUGACAUGAGCACGCGCAG